GCACCACGCAUGCUUUUUGUGGAAAUUAAAUUGGUUCAUUUUAUUAUCUUUUGCACUAUAAGGUUUUUAUGAGAAUUUUCAAAUAUUGAGCAUAUAUGAUGUACCCAAACUAUUCAGAACUCUACAUACAAUUUUGGAAAUGGCGGAUGAAAUGGAACUACUCUUUCAAGAAAUGGGAAAUGACACAAUUUUGCCUGGAACUUUGUCUUCAUUCCAUGAUCCAACUUGGUUUGAUCAUCUUUCACCAAUUAGCAAUUCCAUUUUCAUGAGCCCAGCCAAAACCCAUUGGAGUGGAGAUCUUAUGAACCGAAAUCUAUUGACGGAUACGAUUCAAUCCUUCCCAGAUGAGAUCAACAACGAGAACGAAAUCGGUUUCGACAUCCAUGAACUUGAUGUUCUGUUGCAGCAGUCGCCUCCCGGUUCUCGGGGCUCUCCGUUUUCAAACACCAUUUUAGAUGAUUCUUAUGUGACAUCUUUCCUGGAAACUCUCUCGCCUCAAAUGGUGUCUCAUGGUUCACCCCUUUCAAACACAGUCAAGAAUCCCUUGGAGAGUCUGAGUAUUAACAACUCAUGUGAUGAUUUCGAAAGUUUGGUUGAAUUGCUUCAAAAACCAAUUGGUGUUUCUCGAGUAAGUGAUCUUUCUUGGUGGGAUUGUACUAAUUCUACUUCAGGGUGGACCUCAGACCAUUCGGUGGGCUCCGAAAAAAUGGAAGGAUCAUCUAAUAACGUGCCCGGAGGAGGUCUCAAUUACGAGUUAUCAUCGUCACCCACUAAAAGGAGGAGGAGUAUAGAGAGUCCUUUACCAGGGAUUAAUAUGAUGAAGCCUUCUCGUUUUAGGAAAAAGACUAAACCAGGCUCUCGAUCUGUUCCAAAGGACCGUAUGUUGACAUACGCGUGCUAUGCAGAGCUGAGAGAACUCAUUCCCAAUGGAGAUAAGAUGAGCAUUGAUCGUUUGUUACAUCGAACCAUAAAACAGAUGUAUUUCUUGCGAAGUGUUGCAAAACAUGCUAAGGGACUGGCAAAACAUCAAUUACUAAAGGAUAGGAAGGAUCAGAAAGAUCAUUUCAAGAACAUUAUUAGUGGAGUCGCACGGGCUUGUGAAAUUGAAAAUGAAAUGAUGAUUUGUCCGCUGGUGGUUGAGGACCUUAGUCAUCCAGGUCAAAUGCUUAUCAGGGUUUUGGUGUCUUUUUGUUCCAGAUUCUCUGUCAAGAACAAGGUUUCUUUCUGGAGAUAGUAGAUAUGAUCCGAGGUUUUGGGUUAAAUAUACUGAAGGGAUGCAUGGAAGUUCAUGAGGCUAAGAUACAUGCACACUACAUAGUUGAGGCUGAGGAAAACCAAUUCGUGUCGAGGCACGAGAUCUUUUCCUCACUUGUUCACAUUUUAGGACUGGCAGACGCUAGUAAUGAGUUCGGUGGAGAUGAUCUGCUGAGUAAUGUGAGGCAGGGAGGGGUUGGCUUGUUGAAUGAUUCUGUCCAAUCUACAUUGAAGCAUUGAGAAUCCAGUGGGUGUGGUCAAGCAGGAUCCAGAUAGAGGAGAAACUAUGAGUAGCAUACAAGAAGUUGUGAUUAGAGUUGAUACCAAAUUGGCAGCCAUUGGUCAAUAGAUUAUUCUGUCAUCU